CCGCUCCGCUCCGGCCCCGCUCCGCCGGCCCCUUCCGCCCCUUCUGCUCCUCUCCCCGCGGCCCCGCUCCUCCCCGCUCUUCCCCGCUCCCCCGAGGUGAGCCCGGCCCCGCCGCGGCCUCCUCCACCCCCCUCAGCCCGGUCCCCCCCGGCGGUUCCGCGGCCGCUCCGUGUCCGGCCUCGCCUCCUCCUCCUCCUCCUCCUCCUCCUCCUCCUCCUCCUGCUCCUCCUGCUCCUCCUGGUUCCCCCCGCGGCCUCCGCCGGCGCUUCGUGGCGCAGGAGCCGGGCAGGAGGUCGCCUUUUCCCCCGCGGAGGAUUUGGCGGCGAUUUCCGGGCGUUUUUCCGCCUUCCCCCGCAGCAGCCGCCGGUGGCCGGGAUGAGCCGCCCGCGCCGGCCGCAGGGCCGGGCUCGCCGAGCGGAACCUCGCGGGAUGGGAUCGCUCCAGCUCUGAGCCGCGCCGCCCCUCCUCCAGCAUGGGCGACUCUCCGGUUGGGAAGAGCCCCCCGGAGCCGGGGAAUUGCCAGGGGAGCGGCGGGGGGGGCUCUUCCCUGAGUGUCAUCUCGGAAGGCGUGGGCGAGCUGGCCCUCAUCGACGCCGAGGUGGCCAAGAAGGCCUGCGAGGAGGUCCUGGAGAAGGUCAAGCAGCUCCGCGCGAUUCCCGACGCCGUUCCCAACGGGGAGAGCUGCCAGAUCCGCUGCCUGGACGAUCCGCCCGGCUCGCGGAUCCAGGAGGAAGAGGAGGAGAGCUCCGGCGCGGCCAGGACGGCGCGCAAGCGCCAGAACCAGGCCAAGCAGUCGUGGCUCCUGCGCCUCUUCGAGUCCAAGCUCUUCGACAUCUCCAUGGCCAUCUCGUACCUGUACAACUCCAAGGAGCCCGGCGUGCAGGCCUACAUCGGGAACCGCCUGUUCUGCUUCCGCGACGACGAGGUGGAUUUCUACCUGCCCCAGCUGCUCAACAUGUACAUCCACAUGGACGAGGACGUGGGGGACGCCAUCAAGCCCUACAUCGUGCACCGCUGCCGCCAGAGCAUCGACUUCUCGCUGCGCUGCGCGCUGCUGCUGGGCGCCUACUCCUCGGACAUGCACAUCUCCACGCAGCGCCACUCCCGCGGGACCAAGCUGCGCCGGCUCAUCCUCUCCGACGAGCUGAAGCCGGCGGGCAGGAGGAGGGAGCUGGCCGGAGCCGCGGCCGGCGCUGACACGGGGCUCUCGCCCUCCAAACGGACUCACCAGAGGUCCAAGUCGGACGCCACGGUGUCCAUCAGCCUCAGCAGCAACCUGAAGCGCACGGCCAGCAACCCCAAGGUGGAGAGCGAGGAGGAGGAAUUCUCCUCGAGUACGGAAAGCCUGGAUAAAUCCCUGGCUCCCCCGGCGCGGCUGGCCCCGGAGCGCGAGUUCAUCAAGUCGCUGAUGGCCAUCGGCAAGCGCCUGGCCACGCUGCCCACCAAGGAGCAGAAGACGCAGCGCCUGAUCUCGGAGCUGUCCCUGCUCAACCACAAGCUGCCGGCGCGCGCCUGGCUGCCCACGGCCGCCUUCCCGCACCACGUGGUGCGCGUGCCCCACUCGCAGGCCGUGGUCCUCAACUCCAAGGACAAGGCUCCCUACCUGAUCUACGUGGAAGUCCUGGAAUGCGACAAUUUCGACACGGCCAGCGUGCCGGCGCGCAUCCCGGAGAACCGCAUCCGGAGCACGCGCUCGGCCGAGAACCUUCCGGAAUGCGGGAUGGGCCCGGAGCAGCGGGCCGGCAGCUUCAGCACCGUCCCCAACUACGACAACGACGACGAGGCCUGGUCCGUGGACGACAUCGUGGAGCUGCAGGUGGAGCUCCCGGAGAUGCACACCAACAGCUGUGACAACAUCUCCCAGUUUUCCGUGGAUUCCAUCACCAGCCAGGAGAGCCGGGAGCCCGUCUUCAUCGCCGCCGGGGACAUCCGGCGGCGGCUGUCGGAGCAGCUGGCCCACACGCCCACGGCGUUCCGCAGGGACCCCGAGGAUCCGUCGGCCGUGGCCCUCAAGGAGCCCUGGCAGGAGAAAGUCAGGAGGAUCCGGGAAGCCUCUCCCUACGGCCACCUGCCCUCGUGGCGCCUCCUCUCCGUCAUCGUCAAGUGCGGCGACGACCUGCGGCAGGAGCUGCUGGCGUUCCAGGUGCUCAAACAGCUGCAGUCCAUCUGGGAGCAGGAGCGCGUGCCGCUGUGGAUCCGGCCCUACAAGAUCCUGGUGAUCUCGGCGGACAGCGGGAUGAUCGAGCCCGUGCUCAGCGCCGUGUCCCUGCACCAGGUGAAGAAGCAGUCGCAGCUCUCGCUGCUCGACUACUUCCGGCAGGAGCACGGCAGCGCCAACAGCGAGAGCUUCCUGUCGGCACAGCGCAACUUCGUGCGCAGCUGCGCCGGCUACUGCCUGGUGUGCUACCUGCUGCAGGUCAAGGACAGGCACAACGGGAACAUCCUGCUGGACGCCGAGGGUCACAUCAUCCACAUCGACUUCGGCUUCAUCCUGUCCAGCUCGCCCCGCAACCUCGGCUUCGAGACCUCGGCCUUCAAACUCACCUCCGAGUUCGUGGACGUGAUGGGCGGCCUGGACGGGGACAUGUUCAACUACUACAAGAUGCUGAUGCUGCAGGGGCUGAUCGCGGCGCGCAAGCACAUGGACAGGGUGGUGCAGAUCGUGGAGAUCAUGCAGCAAGGCUCGCAGCUGCCCUGCUUCCACGGCUCCUCCACCAUCCGGCACCUCAAGGAGCGCUUCCACAUGAACCUGACGGAGGAGCAGCUGCAGCUGCUGGUGGAGCAGAUGGUCGACGGCUCCAUGCGCUCCAUCACCACCAAGCUCUACGACGGCUUCCAGUACCUCACCAACGGCAUCAUGUGAGACUCCACAGCCCGGGGAAAACAGGAGGAAAAAUUCCCGGGGGAAAAACAAAAAAAAAACAAAAAAAACAAAAAAAAAGAAGAAGAAGAAAGGAAAUUCCCCCCCUCCCGCUGGAGAAAAGCCAGGAGGAAACGGGAGAAUUCCCAAAUUCCCGGUUUUGUUCCCUCCCAGAAAGCGACCUCGGGUUGGAGCUCGGGGUCUGAGGUUUGGCCGCUCCCCCGGCCUGGACUCUGCUGGAGAAAUGGGACAGAAUUCCAUGGAAAAGCCGGGAGAAGCAGCGGGAAAAGCGGGAAGGGAGGGAAAUCCCGAUGGGAACGGGGCGGGAAUAGGGGGAGCUCCCCCUUCCCUCUGCUUGGAAUUCCCUGGAAUUCGCCCCCAGUCCCAGGGAGGGAGCGGGAUGGGAGAGGGGAGGGGUCUCCUGAAGGUUGGGAAUCCCAAAAUCCCGAAAUUCCUGGAAUUCCCGGCCAUGUGGGGUCCUUCCCUCUCCUGGGACAGCCAGGGAUGGCUGGGGGGGAUUCCAGGCAGAUCUUCCAGUGGGAUUCCAGGUGGAAUGUCCAGGUGAAUUUCCAGGUGAAAUUCCAGGUGGAAUUCCAGGUGGGAUUCCAGGUGGGAUUCCAGGUGGGAUUCCCGCUGCUCCAGGAACUCGGGGGCUGGGACUCCCCUCCCCCUUUUCCCGGGUAAUUCCGGGCUGGAAUGUCGGACACGGGGCGGGGCUCUGGGGGCCUCGUCCCGAUCCCAAAUCCCAAAUCCCAAAUCGGGGAGGAUCCGGAGCUUCCCAGGGAAGGAAAAUUUCCUGGGAUUUCCCCUCCCCCUUGGACUGUCCCCAGCGUCCCUUCACUCCAAUGUCCCUCAGU